AUGAAGUUUGGUCAAGUACUAAUAAUCCUAUUUGCUGGUAAAGCUGUUUUGGCACAAAAUAGGUUUAUUCCAGGGAGUUUGGUGCCUCUUCAUAAUGGGUCUUCCGUUGCAAGUAGUACGGGUUCUAUACUAUCGUCGGUUUCAUCACGAUCUACUUCGGGAACGGAGACAUUGUCAAGAAGUACUGACACAAAUGAUGUAAAUUCUAGCUCUGCGCAAAUAAGUUCCAAUACGAGUUCUUUUACGAGUAUAUUCAGGAUUACUGUGAGUUCGUCAAAUGGUACCUCUAUAAGUGAAAGCACUACUGAAAGUUCGACAUCAAGUUCGACGACGGAAGUGUCAAGCGACAGCGACCUCGGACUUGCAAGCAAUACAGGUGAGCCAACUCCUUUAACUACCGAGGCCCCGCAAAGCACCACAGAACUUCCCGUGCCUAGUGUUGGUGUAACUAUCACAAGGGUUGUAGGUGGCACGACCAUUUUAGCAAACCAUUUUAGCACUAUAACGCUCACUAAUUCCGCCAACCAAACGCAGCCUGUAUCUCAUUCGCUGAGCCCAAGAAGUAAACGUAUAGUGGUAGGAUGUGUUAUCGGGAUCGGUGUGCCCAUCUUACUAGCGAUUAUCGCUGUUAUUGUAUAUGUUUGCGUCAAGAAACAGCGCACGGCGUUUAUCAACUCAGAAGGUAAAAUUAUUACAACUUAUAAGACGAGUAGGAUCUCAAAGUGGUGGAAUGGCCUCCUGGGCAGAAAGGUCGCCACCUAUGAUAGUGACAGUCCUCUGGGCUGUGCGCCGGUGGCAGACAACGACGAGGAUAAAAGUAUGGGAGCCUUGCGCAGUAGUACCAGAAGUUCGGCUUCGGCAAUGCGCCCAAGCCGCGAACCCAUCGUCGACGAAGAACGCUAUUAUGAUCAUGAAGGAAAUGAAAUCACAGGCAAAACCUACUAA